AUGUCAAUUCUGCCGAUGUUCAGGAAAAGGAUGUCAAUCUCGUUUCCCAGGUUUAGAAAACAUUUGGUGGGUGUAGGAUUGAAGGUGGAGUGGCCAGAGCUAAAAGGAGUAAGUGGAAUCAAAGCAAAGAGAAAGAUAGAAAGUGAUAAUCCACAUGUGACUGCUUUUAUUUAUCCUGAAGGUGUUUAUCUACCGGAUAUCAAUUGCUGUAACCGUGUCAUCCUUUAUGUCCCAAUCAAAAACUGCCCCAACAGUCCAGUCACCAAUCGUCCCAUUAUCAGAUGAUCAAUAAGUUUCAAAAUAAAUUCUUGUUUUCAAGCAUUCGCCCGAAUAAAAAAUAAAUAUUAAUUCCUGUAUCACCAAGUUUAUCUGGUUUGUUGAUCAAAUUCCGAUCCAUAACAAUCGUGUGUUGUUCUCUUUUCGACUAUCAGUUUUAUAGCUUUUCAUAUUACCAUUUUCUUUUAGCUGGACAAAUGUUUUGACAUUUUUCUUCAUAAAGAAGAUAUAGAAUCUACCCUUUUUAUUUAUUUAUUUAUCAUCAAACAACAAUCUCGACUAUAAUCGAUGAAAUAGUUUAUUGGAUUAGUUAAACAUAUGUAAGCUAUUAAAAAUGUUAUGAGUAUGCAAUCAAUUUUGUUUAGUGCAUUACCAUAUUAAACACAUUUUUGUCCUUUUUACCAUUUAGAGGCACAUUUAGACUGAAGGGCACAUCUAAGAAACUUAAGUAUUUUGGGACGAAAAUGUCCUCAAUACUUGUUUAAGAAAAAUACUUGUGUGAAAUCAUUUUAAAUUUUAUAUAUUGUGUUGAUUUAUUGAAUAAAGUUUCAUAAGCAUGAAUCUUAUAACUUUUAUUGGUGAAUUACAUUGAAGAUGCAUGAAGAGUCACAUUAUAUUUUAUUUUGUUGUUACGAUCUUAUUUUAAAAGUUUCUUGUAGAUUAUAAAAAUCAUUAGGCGUGCUUCAUAUAAACCUAAUUUUAAUGAAUAUUUGGACUACAAUUUCUAAAAAUAUUUGUGUCAAAACAUAAUGGAUUUUUAAUGUAAAAACCCCCCCAAUUAAGUUUAUUUUGGGUUAAAACUCCUAAAUUAAAGAUUUAACAGAAAAUCCCCCAACCUAAAUUAUCUUAAUGAAUCAGACCCUCCGUUAAUUGUCUGUUAAAGUUUGUGAAACAACACGAUUUGUUAAUAAAAACAACACAGUGUUUAACUAAAAUAUCAUGUAGUUUACCAUUAUCACUUUUAAGUGUCGUAAAAGUCCCAUUACUGAGAGAUACGAGGGAUGAACCCUAAUUUUCGAAAGAGAGAGAUUUUGAUUAUCGUUAAUUUAUUUAUUGUGAGAAUCUGAGAGAAGCUGUGUUCGUGAGUUUCAAACACAAUGACAAUCUUAACUCUUGACAUAAAAUAAGUACAAAAACAACACUUGAAACACAAUCAAAAUGUCAUAGAAACAAGUUAAAAACAACACUUUCACCACUAAAACAAGCUGUAACCACAACUCUAUCUUAACCACAGAGAGGUUAGUUUUGUGUUUGACUUUUAACAACUUAAUUUGGUUAGCUUGUUAAGAUAGAGUUGUGGUUACAGCUUGUUUUAGUGGUGAAAGUGUUGUUUUUAACUUGUUUCUAUGACAUUUUGAUUGUGUUUCAAGUGUUGUUUUUGUACUUAUUUUAUUUUGAUUCUAACCUAUCUGGACUUUUUGCAGAAUUGACCUACAACUUAAAGUCAAACACAAAACUAACCUCUUUUUUUUUUUGAAAAUUAGUUUUGCCCUAUUCACCCCACAAGUUCAUAUAAUUUACGAAAAUGCCAUCAAUUUUUUUUUUUUCGAAAAUGAUAUUUUUACUCUCUCACCCUCAUCAUCUUC